GUUAGGAUUGAAACGAGAGGGUCAAGAAGGAUCCAAUUUUCGGGGUAAGAGGCACCGGGAAAAGUCGAGCAUGGCAGUACGCGAUCCAUGGAUGGCCGGCCAUUGGUGUGGAAAAGAGAGUUGGCGGGGCACCUGCACCAGAAUGUACCUGGUAUUCGCAAUCACCAAAACCCGGAAAGAAACACAUCAGAUUGUCACGAGUGUGGCAAUCGCAGUUGGUCGCUCUUGCCGUUUGGUAAACUUUAGAAGGUUGCAUGAGCAUAUAUACCAAGGUCUCCCUCUUCGCCUCCCUGAAAAUGGUCCUGUGCAUGUUACCCAAAGUUUCACUUACACCACUCACAACUUCAUCAACCAUCCAGGUAGCAUCGCUCAUGAAAUCUACCCAACUUCGCGCAUUCAUACGGUAUGCCCAAAUUGCCCCUCUCCAACCCCACCAUUCACCCCACCAUCUGCUGGCACAAAGACUCACUCUGAGGGGUAUAUUAGUCCAUCGUCAUUCCUUCGACUAGCAUCUGCUGUGCCCCGCUCCCCUCCAGCCAUUACCCCGCCACGAGCUUCAAUCCCAACUCCAACACCAAAGAGAAACCACUUUCAAUCCAGAUUUUUCGCAUCCACAGCAAUUAUGGCGUCUUCCACUCCUCAACUCAAGCUUAAUAGCGGUUAUGACAUGCCACAAGUUGGUUUUGGUCUAUGGAAGGUUGAUAAUGCGACUUGUGCCGAUACUGUUUACAAUGCCAUUAAGGUUGGAUACCGUUUGUUUGAUGGAGCCUGCGGUACGUCCAACACAUAAAUACAAUGGGAUUCAAACUAAUUUCAAGUUUGCAGAUUACGGCAACGAAAAGGAGGUCGGAGAAGGUAUUGCUCGAGCAAUCAAGGAUGGACUUGUUAAGCGCGAGGAUCUCUUCCUUGUCAGCAAACUUUGGAACUCCUUUCACGAUGCCGAUCAAGUAGAGAAGAUCGCCCGAAAACAACUUGCGGACUUGGGUAUCGAUUACUUUGAUCUCUACCUCAUUCACUUCCCAGUUGCUCUCAAAUACGUUGCUCCUGAAGUUAGAUAUCCACCCGGAUGGAACUACGAGGGUGACAAGGUUGUGCUCAGCAAUGCCACCAUCCAGGAGACAUGGCAAGCCAUGGAGAGCUUGGUUGAGAAGAAACUUGCCAGGUCCAUUGGUAUCUCGAACUUCCAAGGUGCUUUGAUUUUGGACUUGCUGCGAUAUGCCAAGAUUCGACCUGCUACUCUCCAAAUUGAGCACCACCCAUAUCUCGUUCAACCAACACUCCUCAAACUCGCCGAGGCCGAGGGUAUCAAGGUCACUGCAUACUCCUCGUUCGGUCCUCAAUCCUUCAUUGAGCUUGGCUGGGACAAGGCGAAGGAUACGCCAGUUCUCUUUGAGCAUUCCGUCAUUACCUCUUUGGCUGAGAAAUACAAGAAGACUCCUGCCCAGAUUCUUCUCCGAUGGGCCACGCAACGUGGAUUGGCUGUCAUUCCUAAGAGUAACAAUGAGAAGCGUCUGCAACAGAACUUGGAGGUUACGGAAUUCGACAUGGAGAAAUCUGAAUUGGAAUCUAUUAGUGCUUUGGACCGCCAUCUCAGAUUCAAUAACCCAACUGAUGUGAGUUAAGUUUUUGAUUCAUCUAGUGCUGAUGCUAAUAACGUGUAUAGUACCUCGGAACAUUGCACAUUUUUGCAUAGAGUACAGGACAUAUGGUUGAGAUGCGGAAUAGGCAAUGCUUUAUGACCUGGUAUUCUUAGCCAGUAAUUCUAGACUUGACAGCUGAGAAGUCAGAUGAGUUGAGGAAAUGAUAUCCACGUUGCACUUCAAUUGAUU